AUGAACAAUAUCGGUGCGACUAAAGCUCAUCGUUUGCGUGCAGCCCUUAAAGGAGGAUAUGAUAAAGUUCGAGGUACUGUUACUGACUUUAAAAAUUGGAAGGCGAAGUUGAAUAUGUUCAUUGGUGACAGGGAUGCCCAAAUGGUGGUGGAUAAGUUUAGAAAUAGGAAAGUAUCUCUUCCUGAGUUUUCGUUCGAUUACAAAUGUGAUAAUAAUGAGCUAAUUGGUUUAUUUUGGGCCGACGAGACAAUGAAGUGUAACUACAAAGAGUUUGGUGAUGUAAUGUGUUUUGAUGCGACAUACAAAACCAACAAGUACUGUAUGGUGUUCGUCCCAUUCACUGGUAUUGACAAUCACAACAGAUGUGUCACAUUUGGAGCAGGCUUGUUGAAGAAUGAGAACAUCGAGUCUUAUUCGUGGCUAUUCAACGUGUUUUUAAAGUCACACAACAGACAACCGAGAUUGGUUUUAACAGACCAGGAUCCGGCGAUGUUUGAAGCUGUCAAAACAGUUAUAAAUGAGUCACAACACAGGCUAUGCAUGUGGCACAUAAUGAAAAAACUCCCAUUGAAGGUUUGUUCGGACUUGCUUAAUAACACUGAUUUACGGAAGCGUCUACACAAGCUUAUGUGGAAUGUUUUCCUUGAGCCCGAGGAGUUUGAGAAUAGAUGGAUGGCAUUGUUUAAAGAGUUUCAGUUAGAAGAUAACAACUGGUUAUCAGACAUGUUUCAGUUACGACAGUCAUGGAUUCCAGCAUACUUUAACCAUUUGCCCAUGUGUUGUCUAAUGAAAACAACAUCAAGGUCUGAGAGUUUUAAUGCAUUCUUUAAAGUUUUCUCUAACAAAAGUAACACACUUGUUCAAUUCAUGUUUUGCUUUGAGACUGCUAUGGAGAAGCAAAGGCACGCACAAGGUGCUCUUGAUGAUCACACAUCGAGAACAACUGCAAGGAUGAUAUCCCCACUAGAAAUUGAGAGGUUUGCUGCUAACGUAUACACCCGAAGUAUAUUCUUUAAAGUUCAGAAGGAGAUUUACAAAGGUGGGUGGGUCGGUUCACAGCAGCUUGUUCAGUCAGAUGAUGCGAACGAAGUAUACCAGGUCAAUCACUCACUUAUAGUGUCCAAAGCUCAUCUAAAGUAUAAGGUUAUUCGAAACAAGGACGAUGGAUCCAUAACCUGUAGUUGUAACCUUUUUGGACGCCAUGGCUACUUGUGUCGCCAUAUAUUUUGUGUCCUCCGGAGUAAAAACGUUGACGUUAUACCAGACCAGUACAUAAUGCGUCGUUGGAGGCGUAAUGUACUUCCACGUCAUCUGUCAGAUAAACAACAUAGAUAUCUUAAUAAGCAUCCUCAGGUUAACAAACUAUCAGAAUCCACACUUUCCACUCUACCUAGAGCUGAUCCUGUGGUAGAUGACGAGCAAGUUUUCAUGGACCUUCUUGGGGUAACUGUACCCGAGAAAUGUGACUUGUUUGCUCCCAAAGAUAUCAACAACAAAGGUUCAGGAAGCAACCCCAAAGGUUCGGGAAACAAUAGUGGCAAAAGAUACGCCGAUCCAGGUGAGAAGCAUGUCAAUAAACGUAAACGACAGAUGCGCAAUUGCGCUUAUUGUAAGGAGGUUCAAGACAACCAUGACAUACAGAACUGUGAAAUCAAGAAAAGAGAUGAAGAUGAAGCCCGGGCUGCUGCAAAGAGGGCAUAA